AUGAAAGCCACAAGCAACUUCAGCUACCCUAGGAAUGACAGCAACUGCACCAGCGAUAACAGAAUCAGCCAAGUCAUUUUUCCUGUGCUUUAUACAGUUCUGUUCCUGGUGGGUAUCACCAUGAACAGCCUGGCAAUGUGGGUCUUUUUUAAAAUAUCCAGUAAGUCCAACUUCAUCAUCUUCCUCAAGAACACAGUCAUUUCUGACUUCUUCAUGAUCUUAACUUUUCCAUUUAAAAUCCUUAGCGACGCAAAGCUGGUAUCAUGGAUACUGAGAGGGUUUGUGUGCCAGGUCACCCAGGUUGUGUUUUACUUCACCAUGUACAUUAGCAUUUUGUUCCUUGGCCUGAUAACCAUCGACCGCUACCAGAAAGCCACUUCGCCCUUCAGAACCUCAACACCAAGGAGCCUUUUAGGGGCCAAGAUCCUGUCCACAGCAAUCUGGAUAUCCAUGUUUGCUCUUUCAUUACCCAACAUGAUCCUAACAAACAAGAAGAAAAUGCCUAAGAACGUGAAAAAAUGUGCUCUCCUGAAAUCUGAGUUUGGCUUAGUCUGGCACGAAAUCGUAAACUACAUUUGUCAGCUCAUCUUCUGGGUGAACUUAGCAGUCAUAGUUGUAUGCUACUUACUCAUAAGUAAAGAACUGUACAAAUCCUACAAAAGGACAAGAUGCACAGGAAAGGCAUCCAAAAAGACUGUAAAUCUGAAGGUUUUUAUCAUUAUUGCAGUGUUCUUUAUUUGUUUUGUGCCAUUCCACUUUACUAGGAUCCCCUACACGUUGAGCCAAACACGGGACGUUUUUCAGUGCUCUGCUCAGAACACCUUGUUUAACCUGAAGGAGAGCACGCUGUGGCUGACAUCACUCAAUGCUUGCCUAGAUCCCUUCAUCUACUUUUUCCUUUGCAAAUCCUUCAGGAAGUCCCUGCUAGACAUGCUGUGCAAGCAGACAGCAACGUCAGAGCUCAGGGCACGGAUGAAGGAUCAGAAUGAAGCAGAUGACACAGACGAGACACAGCUCUAG